AUGGGCGUCUCCAAGUCGGACGCUAUUCUUAUCGUGGGAGGUGGUGCUUUUGGCCUCUCCACGGCCUUCCAUCUCGCGCAGAAAGGGUACACGAAUGUCUCUGUAUUCGAGAAAGAUGAUCAUAUUCCCCCGCGCUACUCUGCAGCCAAUGAUUUGAAUAAGAUCGUGCGCGCUGAGUACGAGGAUCCUUUCUACACCGACUUGACGAUUAAAGCAAUUGCCGCAUGGAAGACUCCAUUGUUCGCCCCUCAUUUCCACCAAACCGGAUUCCUCCACUGCGUGUCUGGCGAUGCGCCCAAGGAAGCGAUCGAUACCCUGAACAGAUUCCGCGCUUCGGCCGAACGCAAUAGCCAGAUCAAACCCCAUGUCUCGGCUCUAGAUGGGGAAUCAGAUAUCCGUCAGACUUGCUGGCAGCUGGAUGGGCCUCUUCCAGGCUGGAAGGGUUACUUCAAUCGCUUCGAUGGGUAUGCCCAUUCCGGUAACGCCUUGGCUGGGAUUUAUCGCGCCGCACAGGCUGCCGGAGUACGAUUCUUCCUUGGCGAGCAAGGUGCUGUGGACGAAAUCGUCUACGUCAGCACCGUCAAUGGACGCAAGUGUGCUGGAAUCCGAACAAAGAAUGGCCGAUUCCACUCCUCGGCUUUGGUCAUUGUUGCAGCCGGCGCCAAUGCCGGUCGUCUGGUUCCCCAGAUUGGACAGCAAGUUGUCGCCAAGUCAUGGUCUGUUGCUCACGUCCAACUGACCGACGACGAGACCUCGGGUCUCCGUGGAAUUCCCGUGACUUACGCCCGUGAUCUGGGAUUCUUCUUUGAACCGGACCCGAAGACCAACUUGCUGAAGCUGUGCCCGAUGGGUGGUGGAUAUAUCAAUACUGAUCCCAGGACGGGCGUUUCACUUUCACCAGAGUCUUUGAAAGAGAGUGCCUUCGUCCCGGAGGAGGACGAGAAGCAGAUGAGGAAACUGUUGGCUCAAACCCUUCCAUCCCUGGCCGACCGUCCCCUGGUUAAGAAGUCUCUUUGCUGGUUCGCCGAUACAAACGACUCGGAUUUCAUUAUUGACUACGUGCCGAAUCUGGAGUCCUCGCUCAUGCUUUUGUCCGGUGACUCGGGCCACCUGUUCAAGAUGUUCCCCAUCGCUGGUUCCUGGGUUACGGAUCUCCUAGAAGCACCGGAUAAUAAGCAGGCUCUGGCACGCUGGCGGUGGAAGCAACCCGAUCCUAAUGCCGGAAAGGAUUGGGGAGGUGCCGUGAGCUGGCGUCUUGGUGAAUCCAAGGAAUUCUCUGCCAUCCUGCCUCCAAAGGCCUCGAAGCUGUAA